UCUAUUUCUACAUUUGCAAGUUCUUAUCCAAGUUUCAUAGUUGUAAGUUGAUAUACAAUACAUAAUGGCGAAAAUAAUUGUUCUUGGUUCUUAUAAUAUGAUGCAUAGUACUCUUGGAUUCUCUAAGAAUUUGCCGAUGCUCCAUAUGAUGAUUAAUAAGAGCACAAAUUAUUCCUUAGGCAUCCAAGGCCAGACACCAAUUGGCGGUGUUGGAUCUUUCCGCCUAGCACGAAGAGGCUUUUCUGUCUAUAGCGUUCAUCCUGGAAAUCCUCCCCCACCUUCUCCCACUGGUGACUCCUGGCAACAAUGGAUUUUUGGAAUAAUAACAACGAUAAUUGUCCCAUUUUUAACUACAAAGUGGAGCAAACUUUUAAAAAUUAAAGAUGAAGUUGAUACGGUGAUUGAGGAGACAGAAAAAGUAGUAGAUUGUGUUGAGGAAGUGGCGGAGACGGUGGACAAAGUGGCAAAAGACGUGGAAGGUACUCUUCCUCAAGAUGGAAAAUGGAGAAAAGCGGCCGUAUUUGUGGAACGUUUGGCAGAGGAAAUAUCAAAAGAAGCUCACUUAGUUGAUGAUUUUCUUCAUGAGGUUGAAGAAGUAGAAGAGAAGGUGGAGUUGUUGUGGGACUCCAACAAAGAUGAAAGCAAAAUUGUGCAUCAUGAGAAAAGUUCAUGAACGAUCGAUAAUCUUAGUUUUAUAAUAAAUUUUUUUAAUUUAAAUGUACGUGUGUAAUUAUGUAUACCUAGGUAGAGUUGGUUUAUUUUCUAAAAAUUUGUUUGUCACAUAAAACUGAGCAGAAUUUAUGAAUUUUUACAAAUAUUGGUUA